AUGGAAGAUAUUGAGUCUCAAACAAUUCACAAGGAGACAUUGCAUGAAGAAGCACCUGUUGUUUUGCACAAAGCAAAACGUCCUGUGAUUCUUAAGUUUGAUGAUGUUGUGUACAAAAUCAACAUUAAAAGUGGUGGAUUAUUCAAGAAGAAUGUUAAAGUAGAAGAGAAAACAAUACUAAAAGGAGUAAACGGAGUUGUUGAACCAGGUGAGAUGCUAGCCAUGUUAGGUCCAUCAGGAAGUGGAAAAACAACACUAUUAACAGCCUUAGGAGGAAGACUUGGUGGAAAGCUUCACGGGAAAAUAACAUACAAUGGACAACCUUUUUCUAAUGUCAUAAAAAGAAACACAGGUUUUGUUACACAAGAUGAUGUUCUUUACCCUCACUUAACAGUAACAGAAACCCUAGUUUUCACAGCACUUCUUAGAUUACCAAAUACUCUCACAAAACAAGCCAAAGUUGCACUUGCGAAAAACGUUAUUGAUCAACUUGGAUUAACAAAGUGCGAAGAUAGCGUCGUUGGAAAUACUACUCUUAGAGGAGUUUCUGGUGGAGAGAGGAAAAGGGUUAGUAUUGGACAAGAAUUGCUUAUAAACCCUAGUUUGUUGUUUCUUGAUGAACCAACUUCUGGUUUGGAUUCUACUACAGCACAGAGAAUUGUAUCGACUUUGUCGGAGUUAGCAAGAGGCGGAAGGACUAUUGUGAUGACAAUUCAUCAACCUUCAAGUAGAUUAUAUUAUACGUUUCAUAAAGUUUUAUUGCUUGCUGAAGGGAAUGUUGUGUAUUUCGGAAAAGGGUCUGAAGCUAUUCAACAUUUUUCUAAUAUUGGUUAUGCUCCUGCUAUGGCUAUGAACCCUUCAGAUUUCCUCUUGGAUCUUGCAAAUGGUAUCUACACCGAUGACGCUAAUCAUGACCAUAUCAUAGACAAGCAAAAACUGAUUUCAGCAUUUAAGAGUAACUCUGAUGGACAGUUGAAGGUAGAAGAACAUCACGAAAUCAACGACUCUGAUGGUAGAUUUCAAGAGACAGGUUCUGAGAAAUGGCCUACUAGCUGGUCACAACAAUUCUUUGUAUUGUUAAGAAGAGAUGUUAAAGAGAGAAAAUAUGAAUCAUUUUCUGUCCUUAAGAUUUGUCAAGUUCUUGUGGUUGCAGUUAUUUCAGGACUACUUUGGUAUAAAUCCGAUACAUCACACAUGCAGGAUCAGAUUGGACUAUUAUUCUUCAUAACAGGCUUUUGGGGAUUUUUCCCACUCUUCCAAGCAAUCUUCACAUUCCCUCAAGAACUAAUGAUGCUAGAAAAAGAAAGAUCCUCAGGAAUGUACAGACUGUCCUCCUACUUCAUCUCAAGAAUGGUAGCUGACCUACCAAUGGAGCUAAUCCUCCCAACAGUCUUCCUUCUCAUAACAUAUUUCAUGGCAGGACUCAAGGCAACGGCGCUAAACUUCUUCGAAACACUCUUCAGCCUCUUAUUGAAUGUGUUGGUUGCACAAGGACUAGGACUUGCACUUGGUGCUGUUGUACUUGAUCAAAAAUCAGCAACAACACUUGCAUCAGUGUUGAUGCUAGUUUUCUUACUAGCUGGUGGAUUCUAUGUUCAGAAUGUUCCAAAGUUCAUAGAUUGGGUGAAGUAUAUUUCUAUUAGCUACUAUACAUAUCAGCUAUUUAUUGGAUCACAGUUUCAUAGUGGAGACACAUACCCUUGUUCUGAAGGUCAGUGUCCUAUUGAAGAGUUUCCUCCUAUAAAACAAGUAGGGUUUGAUUUGAAUGCACAAUGGAUAGCUGCAAUGGCUCUAGUAAUAAUGCUAAUUGGUUAUAGACUUAUAGCUUAUUUUGCUCUUACGAGGAUUGGAAUCACAAAGAAAUAG